GUUGGAUCAAGUCAAAUUUACAUGUACACUUAGAUCUAUAAACAUAGUAGUCUACACUUUUUGUCAUUGGUCUGGAAGACUGAGUUUCUCAUAUAUCAGAGUUAGUCAAGACUCUAUGGCCUCAGAUCUAAACAAUACACCUUCUUUCACAGACAGACCUCUCGCUAUGCAAAAUACAAAUGCAACAGCUGAAAGGCCGAGGACGAAUCCAUUGGCGACUAUCACAGAAGAAGAGAGAAGAGUUUUGAAGGAAUGUGAACGAGACAGCUUUUUUCUUAGAGCUGCUCCCUUAUCUUUUGGAGCCAUGGCUGGUGCUUACUACAUGGUGAAAACUGGAAAAUGGACUCCUCAUCCAAAAUUUGGAGCCAUACCUAAAAUGAUCAUCACUGGUGGCUUUGGUUAUUUUACUGGCAAGUUGAGUUAUUUGCCCACAUGUCAAAAGAAAAUCCUUGAGCAAAUUCCUAACUCUAAUUUGGCUGCAGCAAUAAGAAAAUCAAGAGGAUUAUCUUCCCCUGAUGGUGAAACUUUCAAUCCAGCUUUAGACGACAGUUUAAGCAGGGGAAGUUCAAAUCAAAUUGAGGAGUACAGACCAGCUGAAGGGAUUGAUGAUAGAUUUAGGCCGAGUAUGGACAGAGAAGUCAAGGAGCCCUCGGUGAACCAAGAGAAAAACACUGUCACUUAUGAUGAUUUGAGGCGCAAAAACAGACAGGAAUAUGAAGAGAGCUUGUCAAAGCGAAACAAAAGUGCGCCCCCAGCUAGUGCCCCUUACAAAGAUAGUCCAUUUAUACCAGAAAGACACUUACCAGAGUCGAGAGAUCUCCCCAAAACAGAAUUUGACGGCUCAGUAGAACCUUCUCAAGCUCCCCCUAAACGAAAAAGAACAACUAUUUGGGGUGACGUGAUAGAGGAAUGAAAACCUGAUGCUGAUACAAAACAUGUGAUAACAUAUAAUACAGGAGUAGUUUUGUUUGAAUAUAAUUAUAUAUGUAUAUUAAACCAUAGAAUAUACUAAAUGACAUGAAAUAUGUAUUGUUGUUUUUAUUAUUUUGUCAACCAAAGUAUAAUUAUAUAUUUUUUUAAAAAUAAUU